UUUCCGUUUCGUUCGUAGACAUGUUCGUAGACAAGCCAAUCGCGGUUUAUGUUUUUGUGGUGCACGUGUACUGGCGUGCUGUCUGAUCGUCGUUUUGUUUUUGUGUCAGCUAAUUUCGGGAGUAUGAAAGGAAAGUGUUAGAUGGCUGUUCGUGUAGAAUAUACGAGUUGCUCUUGCAAUCGCAACCCCCAAUCGCUUGACUGGGGUUGUAACAACAUCGUUGCGUACGGAGCCUGCAACGCUGUCGUCCUGUACGAUCCCGAGGCCGAUAGUGGGGCUGGUGCCGUCACCCACACCCUUGUUAACCACAGCGCCAAAGUUAACUGCGUUCGGUGGAUCCGUAGAAAAAAUGGUGCAGAGACCGCGUUACUGAGCACGUCCGUUGACAAAACGGUGACUAUAUGGACCAAGCAAGACGAUCGUUUUAUUCCAGCUACAAGGCUUGUCGGCCACGAAGAUGCUGUGACGACGGCAGAUGCUUUGUAUUCGGCGCCAGCAUCGAGUGACCUGAUCACAGUUGCAAGCGCUGGUGGAGACUUUUCCAUUCGCAUAUGGGAGGUUGACGCAGAAUUUACGGCGAGAUGUGUACAGGAAAUCAAUCUGAAAGGAAAUUUCGCUAUGGACAUCAGGAUGUGUUUUCUGCCAUCCACAUGCGUUCCAAUGCUGGCAUAUGGAGGCAACGACAUGAUGGUCCACUGUUACUACAAGGAUCCUACAGCAGGUUUCGUGAAGUGCCAUACGCUAUAUGGUCAUGAGGAUUGGGUCAGAGGCAUUACCUUCAAGGAGUGUGCUGACGACAGCGUCUUUGUUGCCUCUUGCAGUCAAGACAGUGUAAUACGAAUUUGGAAGAUAUCACCAUGCAGGGAUGACAAGACGGUAAACAGUAACGGCACACCUGGGGAAAUCAAACUUCGAGGCUCUACAUUUACAGCCACACUUAAUGAAUCUUCUCAAGCCUUUGACGUUGAAUUGGAGACGGUUCUCUCCGGUCAUGAGGGCUGGGUUUACAGUGUUCACUGGUGUCCAGCAACAUCACGAGGUGAAGAUGGAGGUGAGCGCCACAGCCUCCUAUCUGCAUCCAUGGACAAGACCGUCGUUGUAUGGGAACCAGACAGUUCGACGGGGCUUUGGCUGGAUAAGGCUCGGUUUGGCGACAUAGGUGGGAACACAUUAGGCUUUCUCGGGGCCGUGUUCGGUCCUGAUGGGAACAGAAUAUUGGCUCAUGGCUUCCAGGGUUCGUUUCACAUGUGGAAGAGGCCAGAGAGCGACAGAGACAACUUAUGGCAGACCAGCGUGACACCUGGUGGUCACUUUGACAAAGUGGGAGACAUUGCCUGGUCUGCUGGAGGUGAAUACCUGCUGAGCUGCAGUUCUGACCAAACUACAAGACUGCAUGCUCCUUGGAUCAUGCCUCAAGGUAGCAAGUCAUGGAAAGAGAUUGCAAGGCCACAGGUGCACGGCCAUGACCUUGCCUGCAUCGCGUCGACUGGGCGGCUCCAGUUUGUCUCUGGAGCCGAGGAGAAGGUGUUGAGGGCAUUCGAAGGAACCCGCAACUUUAUUGAUAACUUCAAAAGACUGUGUGGUGCCAACCUGCUCGAAGACUGCAGCAUAAAGGAAUUGGCCGAAGGUGCCAGUGUGCCCUCUCUAGGCUUAUCCAACAAGGCUGUUUACGAGAGCGACCUAACUCGCGACACUGGGGAUACGGAGCGACACCCAAAAAACCAGUUCCCCGAGUUUUACUUCACACCCGUCAUCCUCACAGAGCCACCUACAGAGGAAGACCUCCUACAGAACACGCUGUGGACAGAAGCGAGGAAGCUGUACGGGCACGGCUACGAACUCUUUGCCCUGACAAGCUCACGUGAUGGCAAGCUCAUUGCAUCUGCCUGCAAGGCAAGCACACAGCAGCAUGCAGCCAUAAUCCUCUGGAACACUGCUACAUGGAAGCAAGUAGGGGAGCUCGUAUUUCACAACCUGACAAUAACACAAAUGGAGUUUUCUCCCGACGACCGUCACCUGUUGAGUGUCUCGAGAGACCGAUCAUGGUGCAUACACAAGAUUGACAUCAGCGGAAAUAUUUUUGUCAGAGUGGCAUUUGCUGAUAAGAAGACUGCAAUCCACCAGAGAAUUAUUUGGAGUUGUACCUGGUCGCACGACGGCUUGUACUUUGCAACAGCAUCAAGGGAUAAAAAGGUUGUAGUCUGGGGCUGGAAAGCCGAAGGUUCUUCUGAAACAAAUUUGGGGCCUAUUGAGAGCAAAGGACAAUUGAGUGUGGAGGAUUCAGCCACAGCGGUCAGCUUCGCACCAAGUUUUGCUGGAGGCGACAGGUACCUCAUAGCCAUAGGACUCGAGAGAGGAAGCAUUCACCUUUACCACUGGAGUCUGCAGUCUGGGUGGACUUUGUAUGAGACACUGCAGCAGUCCAUCGCACACCACCUGUCAGUGAAACGGUUAAAGUUUUGCCCAAGACACGACCAUCAAUUCGCGUUUCUGCUUGCCAGCUGUGGAGAUGACCAUAUGGUACGAGUAUACAGCAUCUCUCAACUAACGUGAUUGCUGCUUACCGUGAUGUAAUAAAAGUGGCGUUCCCAUUGGCAGGGGUGUAGCUUUUCCUCUUUUACCAUUAGGUGGUGAGAGGUAUGCCACCCUUCUCUUAGAUGGGAGUCUUCUGGUGAA